AAAAUCAAACUUCACAUCUUCUUCUUCUUCUUCACUUUACCAAAUAGUACCCGAUCUUAGGUUUUUAACAUCUGUAAAAUUUGUAUUGUCUGUAAUACUUUCAAGUAGCAUCUCUGAUAAAAAAAAAAAUCACAUCAAUGAAUCAGAAUAUUAAAGAACUAUCACUGGAUUCCUUACCAGUGGGAUUGAGAUUCCGUCCAACGGACGAGGAGCUAGUCCGUUACUAUCUCCGCAGGAAAAUAAACGGUCAAGAUGACGACGUCAAAGCCAUUCGAGAGAUCGAUAUCUGCAAAUGCGAACCUUGGGAUCUACCUGAUUUUUCAGCGAUCAAAACAAAAGAUUCAGAGUGGUUCUUCUUCUGCCCGUUGGACCGGAAGUACCCUAACGGAAGUAGACAGAACCGGUCAACGAUCGCAGGCCAUUGGAAGGCCACAGGAAAAGACCGGAAGAUCAAAUCCGGCAAGAACAACGUAAUCGGCCUGAAGAGAACCCUGGUUUUCCACUCUGGUCGUGCUCCUAAGGGAACGCGAACGAACUGGGUUAUGCACGAGUAUCGCGCCACCGAGCAGGACCUGAGUGGCACCAACCCUGGACAGAAUCCGUUUGUUAUAUGCAAAUUAUUCAAGAAACAAGACCCGAGUUUAGUGGAUGAAGCUGCCUCGUCUCCAACAUCUUCCCCAAAUGAGACUAAAGCGGUCGCUAAAGCACAAGGGGUGAAGCCUGAGUCUUCUCUUGUGAUCUCGGGUAAUUCUCAUAAUGGUGCUUGCAGAGAGGCUACAACCUCCAAGCUUGGAGAUCUUGAUUGGCUGUCUUUUCCAGAGCUGGAGUCCCUGACAGUGUUCUCUCCAUUACACGAGCUUGGAUCCUCCUCUUUCAACGCAUUUCUUCAGCCUAGCUCUAGUGACUUCUCUGGGAACCAUGACAACACCUUCCGGAUUCAGACUCAGUACGGUACAAACGAAGAAGAUACAGAUGUAUCCCGCUUUCUCAAUUCGGUUCUUGAUUUCCAAGACGAUUUAGAUCUGGAUCAAGACUUUGUUUUCCCGUCUGAGUUCGACGGUGCAGUGCCAGAUCAGACUGCACCAGCGUAUCAGCAACAGCGCUCGGCAGGUGACAUGAGCGAUGAUGUUUCAAGAACUGGUAUCAAGUUACAGCCUCGGCAGGAACAACCCUCAGGUUGUUCCACUGACUAUAUAAUCCAUGGAAAUGCCGCAAGAAGGCUACGUCUGCAAAUUAUCAAGAGAGAAGAGGUUGAGGAUACGGACGGGGAAGCUUUAAAGAAGGGGAAGCUAAUGGGAUCAAAGAACAGAACAGGAUUCUUGUAUAAGAAGAUUAUGUCCGUGAGAUGUUCAUACGGAGGACUUUUUAGGGCGGCCGUUGUUGCGGUCCUGUUCUUGAUAUCAGUCUGCAGUCUAACCACAGACUUCAGAGCUUCGGUGUUGAUCUGAAAACUGGAAAACCUUGUUGUGUAUAUACUAUAUAGUGGUUCCGUUUCUUUGUUGCAUGUUGUUGUUGUUGGCUAUAAUCAUAGAAAUUGGCUAUAAUA